AUGGCCGAUGAGGGAAGCCGGGAUGAGGUCCUCAAUACUCUCAGACAGGUUGCCGAGACCCAGUCGCGGCUGGUAGCAGCUGUAGAGGCCCUGAAUGAGCAGCCCUCUACCUCGAUUGGGCCCUUUCCACAAUGGGGCGACCCCAAGAAGAUUGUAGCCAUGGAUCCGUAUGGGCAUCUUGCCCCUUGGAUCUUCAAGGAUGUGAUUGACAAUGACGGCGUGGACAUCCACGAGGGCACCCUCCGCAGAUCGCUCUUCGAGCACACUGGCGGAAGCUACCCUGAACUCAUCACACGAGGCGACAUCAAGUUGUUCCUGCCUCCUAUUGGUGGUCUGACGGUGUACUGCUUUGGCGAUCCGGCAAAGAUGUCUGACGAGUCUGUGAGGCUGUCACUCAGGAUCCACGACGAAUGCAACGGAAGCGAUGUCUUUGGCUCUGAUAUUUGCACGUGCCGCCCGUAUCUUAUCUUUGGCAUCGAAGAAGCUGUCAAGGAGGCGCAGAAUGGCGGUAGUGGUGUGGUCAUCUACUUCCGCAAGGAAGGCCGCGCCUUGGGCGAGGUGACCAAGUAUCUCGUGUACAAUGCGCGCAAACGCGGUGCUGACCGUGCUUCGGAUUACUUCAAACGGACCGAGAACAUUGCCGGCGUCAAAGACAUGCGGUUCCAAGCCCUUAUGCCGGACAUUCUUCACUGGCUCGGCAUUAAGAAGAUUGACCGCAUGCUGAGCAUGAGCAACAUGAAGCACGAUGCGAUUGUGGGACAGGGAAUCCCGAUCCACGAGAGAGUGGAGUUGCCCGACGAGUUGAUACCAGCCGACUCCCGCGUCGAGAUCGAUGCGAAGAUUACCGCAGGCUACUUCACUGUGGUCUGGCGAGAACGGCCACUCCCGUUGCGACCCGUGCCGCCCAAAGUCAAGUGUCACAAGAUGCUGUCUGCAUACAAAUAUUCGGCGCUCAUCCGCCCAUUCCACUUCAUCGGCCUCACCGUCAUCAUCGCCUACUUCAAAUUCACAAAGGCCCCGCCUGCUACGAAGCAGCGUCACGGAGCCAUCGAUCACGCCUCUAUCCAGCAACGAUGUUCAAGCGUCUAG